AUGACUACCACGGCCACGACUCUCAAGGGCGAGCCCCUUGAUAAGGCUCAGCUCGAAUCCAUGCUUCGCCGGCGCAUGUUCUACACGCCCUCGUUUGAGAUCUACGGCGGCGUGGCCGGCCUGUACGACUACGGCCCGCCGGGCUGCGCCCUGCAGGCUAACAUCAUCGACAUCUGGCGGAAACACUUCGUCCUGGAGGAGGACAUGCUCGAGGUUGACUGCACCGUGCUAACCCCCCAUGAUGUGCUCAAGACCAGUGGCCACGUCGACAAGUUCGCGGACUGGAUGUGCAAGGAUCCCAAGAACGGCGAGAUCAUGCGUGCUGAUCACUUCGUCGAGGACAUCCUUGAGUCCCGUCUUAGGGCCGACAAGGAGGCACGCGGCGAGAAGGUUGAGGAGAAGGAGGAGGAUCCCAAGAAGAAGAAGAAGAAGGCCAAGGCCCUGGAGGCCGCGAAGCUGGAUGAUGCCACUGUCAAGGAGUAUGAGGAAGUUCUGGCUCAGAUCGACAACUACAAUGGCGAGCAGCUUGGCGAGCUGAUCAAAAAGUAUGACCUGAGGAAUCCUGCCACCGGUGUCCAGCCCAACCCUCCAGUGUCCUUCAAUCUCAUGUUCCAGACAUCCAUUGGCCCAAGCAGCAAUUUCCCCGGUUACCUCAGGCCGGAGACAGCCCAGGGCCAGUUCCUGAACUUCGCGAAGCUUCUGGAGUUCAACACUGGCCAGAUGCCUUUCGCUUCUGCUUCCAUUGGCAAGUCUUAUCGGAAUGAGAUCUCACCCAGAGGUGGCCUCCUUCGUGUCCGUGAGUUCUUGAUGGCUGAGAUCGAGCACUUUGUUGAUCCGGAGAGCGGUAAGAAGCACCACCGCUUCCACGAGGUUGAGGAUAUUGAGCUUGAUCUCCUCGACCGCCACACCCAGCUCUCUGGUAAGACUACCACCACAAGAAUGAAGAUUGGCGAUGCAGUCCGGCAGGGUAUUGUUGAUAAUGAGACCCUGGGUUAUUUCCUUGCUCGCAUCCACCUCUUCCUUAAGAAGAUUGGCAUCGACCAAAAGAAGAUCCGUUUCCGGCAGCACAUGGCCAACGAGAUGGCUCACUAUGCUUGCGACUGCUGGGAUGCCGAGCUUCUUACUUCGUCUGGCUGGGUCGAGUGCGUUGGUUGUGCUGAUCGCAGCGCGUACGAUCUAUCUGUUCACGCCAAGAAGACUGGUGCGCCGCUCGUCGUGCGCCAGCGCCUGGAUGAGCCCAAGGUUAUUGAGGAGUGGGCUGUGGAGAUUGACAAGAAGAAGUUUGGCCCUUUCUUCAAGAAGGAUGGAAAGGUUGUCGAGGCCGCUAUCCUGGCCACUUCUCAAGAGGAGCGUGGCAGGCUUGCCAAGGAGCUGGAGGAGAAUGGCAAGGCUGUCAUCAACGUUCCUGGUGUUGGUGAUGGUCAGGUCGAGUUCUCCAAGGAUCUUGUCUCCAUCAAGUGGCAGAAGCGUGUCGAGAACAUUCGGGAAUAUAUUCCCAACGUUAUCGAGCCGUCAUUUGGUAUCGGACGAAUCUUGUAUUCUCUCAUCGAGCACAACUACUGGACCCGCGCCAGCGAGGGCGGUGAUGAAGCCCGCGGUGUCCUGUCCUUCCCUCCCGCUGUGGCCCCUACCAAGGUGUUGAUCGUUCCUCUGUCGUCCAACAAGGAUUUCACACCCACUGUACGCAAGCUGUCUCAGAAGCUGCGGUCUAUCGGCAUCAGCAGCCGUGUGGAUGACUCAUCUGCAAGUAUUGGCAAGCGUUAUGCUAGAAAUGAUGAGCUUGGCACUCCCUUUGGCGUCACCGUUGAUUUCCAGACGCUCAAGGACGGUACCGUCACCCUGCGCGAGCGUGACAGCAUGCGUCAGGUUCGUGCCGACGAGGAAAAGAUUAUUGAGGCCAUUCGGGCGCUUGUUGAUGGAACGAAGACAUGGAAGGAUAUUGAAGCUGAGCUGCCCCUCUUCGAGGGCCAGGAGCUUGAUGUUCCCGUCCGUUAA